CUCCCACUGCGCCACCCGCAAAAAUCCCUCGCCUAUAAAAGCGGUGAGGUACCCUCGAAAUCCCCCGCCCCCACUGGUCAGCAAAAUCCCGCAAAACACGCUUUUGUUUCUAACAGCGCGCAACCGGCUCUUUAUCCGCCAAUCGAUCGUCCUCCAACCUGUCAAGUUCCCCCGUCACUGACCACCAUGGGAUUCCUUUCCACCACCGUCCGCAACAACCCACAACGCGUGGUCCUGUUUGCGGCACUCGGCCUAUCAAUUCUAUCGAUCCUCGCCGUCGCUCUACUCACUCAACUACAAGAUUAUACCUGCUGGUCCGAAACCUGCGCCGAGCGCGGUACUUACGCUUACCAGAACCUCGUCACGAUAUGGACGUUCUACGCAUGGCUCGUCGUUACCGCGGUCGCUGUCUACUUUGCUCAGCAACGCAAUUGGGGUGCCGAGAUCGUUUUCCGUCUGCCUUUCACAAGUUACCAAGUUACAAGGAUGAGGUUGAUGGUCUUCACCGCGGUGUUUACCUUACAAGCCGGAAUCUUCGCCUAUUGGUGGCGUGCCGCCGAUCAAGCCAGGCUUGUGGCGGCGAUUGCUGCCCUAGCUAAUCCUGAAACUGCUGCAAGCGCUCACCACCAUCGUCGUCAUGAGCAUGAUGAGCCUGCUGCCGCAGGUACGACUGGUGCGAACAUCGUGAUUCCGUUUACUUUUGACAUCUUCUGCGGCAAUAUGUUCAGAGCCUCAGCGCAUCCCGUCGCCAUCCAACUGGCCCUCGCCCUCAUGCCCGUCUCCCGUCGCGGCAUCCUCUCCUCCCUCCUCAAGAUCGACUACGAUACCUCCCUCGAACUCCACCGCUGGUCGGGUGUCUUCACCAUCAUCUUCGCUUUCGGGCACAGCAUGGGCCACGAGCUCCCCAACUACAUCAAGCGCGGGCUCGUCGGACAGCUCAAGAACCGCUUCAAGCCAGCCGCUGACUACAGGGGCGCCGUGACCCUCACGGGCUACGUCGCGGCCUUCACCUUCCUCUGGGUUGGCAUCAACUCCAUCCCCAAGAUCCGUCGAGCCAACUACUCUUGGUUCUGGAUCAACCACACCCUCGCAUGGGGGGCCAUCGCAAUGGCGUUCAUCCACGCCUCGCCGAUGCUUCACCUCGCGAUGCCCGCCGUCUUGUUCUACAUGGUCGACGCGGCCGUGCGCGUGUACAAUCGCACCACCCCCGCCCACAUCACCUCCGUCACCCUCGAAGAAUGCGGAUACAUCCGCGUAGACAUCGCGGGAUGGGACGUCCCCUACGCCCCCGGCCAAUGGGUCUCGCUCAAGAUCCCCGCCCUUUCCCGCGUCAUGUGGCACCCAUUCACCAUCGCCUCCAGCUACGGCUCGCCCUCUAACGCCAGCACACCGUCAGUCCACUACAUCCACGACGAGUACAACACAACCCCCAACACGCCUACCUCCCCCGGUGGCGUAGUCGAAAAGUCCAGCUUCAUGAAAUCCCGCGAGAUCCUCGUCGCCCGGGACACCAUCACCCUGAUCAUCAAACCCACCGACCGCAAGAACCGCUGGACAUCCUCCCUGCUCGCUCUAUGGGAGUCCCGCCGCGACGACGAGGGCCACGCGCCCAUCGAAGUCUUCAUCGAUGGGCCGCACGGUAAAUUACCCCCGCGGUUCCUCUCCUCGCAACAUAUCGUUACCAUCGCGGGCGGUUCCGGGAUUCCCGGCGCGCUGUCCAUCGCCAACCACGUGCUGGAACAGAACUCGGUGCAGUCAAUUGAUGUCGUGUGGACAGCUCGCGAGGCUGGCGCGUCCAGGCUUUCUUCGUACCUUGAGCUGCAGAGGCAUAAGGUGUUGCAGCAGGCUGGAAGGCAUAGCUGUAGCUUGAAUGUGAGUUCGCGGGACGGACGGCUGGAUAUGCUGGCGAAUGUCAGGGAUACGAUUGCGAAGUUUGCGGACGAGGACAGUGUGGGCAUAUAUGUGUGUGGACCUGGGGAGAUGGUUGAUGCGGUUGUUGAUGCUGCGAAUGAGUGCAGGAAGCGGCGGGGUGGGAGAAUAGUCGUGCAUACCGAGGGAUAUGAGCGAUAAACGGGUCGCUUUGCGGAUUUCGUUGACAGUGCUUUCUGGUUUGCCUUUUCGCCAGAUUUUCAGUGCUACGUAGUUUCGUUUUGUUUCUGCCAUGUAUACUGAAUACCCAUGAAAUACGUUUGACAUCUUGGACUUUACGCUCUACCUUUC